CCCAUAACUUCAACAAAAGUUCGCCGGCAAAUCAAAUAGACGGUGAGUUCUUCAGACCUUGCUUAGGCUUUGGUUUCUUGCGAUGAGUUGCGACAGGAUCAGCGAAUUACCAGAUUCUUUGCUAACACAAGUACUCUCAUACCUUCCGACCAAAGAUUCCGUUAAGACAAGUGUUUUAUCCAAGAGAUGGGAAUGUCUUUGGCUUAAUGUUCCUGUUCUUGACUUAAAGGUCAGUGAUUUCCCUGAAGAGGACUAUGCCAGCUUUAUAGACAAUUUUCUUGAAUUCAAUCCAAACUCAAGAAUGCAAAUGUUCAAGAUCAAGUAUGAUGAAUACACUUAUGACGAUGAUCGGUUACUCGGAUGGGUUAGUACAGUAGUGGAACUUGGGAUUGAGCAUUUAGUUGCUAAGGGUUUUGAGACUGAUAUGUGUAUCAGAGAGUUCUUGCCUUUGAACAUAUAUAAGAGCAAUACAUUGGUGUCUUUGGUGCUUGUAACAGUAGGAAUCGCGAAUCCCGAGUUCGUUGUUUCUUUACCUUCUCUUAAGAUCUUGCAUUUAGAAGAUGUUUGGUAUUUUGAUGAUCCUUUGAUUAUGGAGAAGGUUAUUUCAGGUUGUCCUGUUCUUGAAAAUCUUGUUUUGAUUAGGCCUAUUGAUUUUUGUGAUCUAGAUGUCCUGCAGUUUCUUCGUGUGAGGUCUCGGACUCUUAAAAGCUUUCGUCUCGCGUUUGAGUAUAGUAUGAGUCGUAGUGAUAGUGGUCUGCAUUACUCGGUUGAGAUUGAUGCUCCGAGACUUGAGUAUUUGAAUUUUAGUGAUAACACUUCUGAUGUGAUUAUAGUCAAGAACUUGACUUCUUUGUUCAUGGUCGAUAUUGAUACUGAAUUUAAUGUUAAGUUUGGUGGUAGUCCUUUGGAACUGGGGGAUUUAAGAAAGAGAGAUACUAUUCGUGAUUUUCUCAUCGGUGUAUCUAGUGUAAGGCAAAUGAUCAUCUCUCAGCCUACUUUAGAGGUCCUUCAUCGAUAUUCCAAAUUAGGACCGAUUCCUAAAUUCGAUAACUUGUACCGUUUACAAGCCACGAUCUCUUGGUCCAUGUUGCAUCUGUUGCUCGGCUUUCUUGAGAGCUUCCCAAAUCUGAAAAACCUCAUCUUGGACUUUGUUGUUUCGACGGAGCCUGAGCAAGAUGGACUUAAACUUGUGCCUCAGUGUUUGUUAUCUAGUCUGGAGAGUGUUGAGAUUAGAGAAUUGGUUAUGGGAGAAGAAACUGGCAAGAAAUUAGUGAAGUAUUUUCUUGAGAAUUCGUUAGUUCUACAGAAACUCACUCUGCGUUUCGAAGAUUAUUCGAUAUCAAACCAAGAUUCAGAUAUCUUCAAGGAACUUUAUACUUUCACUAAGGGUUCUCGCAGCUGUGAGGUUAUCUUUCAUUGACAAUGUUUAUAGAAGAUCAAUAUAUGAAUCUUUUGUUAUGAAAAUAUGCAAUUAGGCUAGCAUUUUCAAGACAUUGAUGUUAUGUUAGAUCAUAUGAAUGGUAAAUUGUAUUACUUUCGUCAUUUUAUUGUAAGAAGUAAUUAUUCUC